AUUGACGACAUAUUUAUGAAUGCGCAUGCGUAGUGAGGUAUUCUUCGCCAAAAAGCAUAAGAUAGAGCUUCCAUGUAUUAACAAUAUCAGUGCCUUCUAUCACAUAAGACAAGAACGGCAACAUCAUUUUGUUGGAGAAGACUGCCUGGAGCCUUUCGUUGUAAGUAUUCAAUCUCCUAUAAUAUAUUAUAUAUAUAUACAUAUAUAUAUAUAUAUAUAUAUAUGUGUGUGUGUGUGUGUGUGUGUGUGUGUGUGUGUGUGUACACGUUUGUAUGUGUAGAAGUUUGCAUACCUUAUCAUUUCUUAAUGGGCCUUUUAAUGAUCAUAAUUAAAACUCUCAGAGUUAUCUCUCUUAACUUAUUGUCACAGACUCACAAUGUCUAAUCGUGUGUGCGGCAGAAAUGUUUUGUGGUCGAAAAUGUAUAGCAUGUGAAUCGAUAUUAAACUUAAAAAUAUAGACAUUUGUAAAUCAACUCUCCUCAGCGGCGUCACCAAGCCAUAGACAUCGCUGACCUGAUAACAAAAAGGGUAUUGUUUGCAUCUAGCAUUUCUAGCAUUUUAAAUCUACCAUACAUUCAACAUUUUUUUUUAAAAUUUUCACAGAAAAUGAAAUUCAAUCGCUUGUUCUACCUGGCUCUCUUGGGAGCUGUGAUUCCUGUGCAGUCAACAUUAUCCAAUAAAGGUAUUAGAAUGUAUUCAUUAAAACAUAAUCUUUUCUAUAUCUGAUAGCUAAUUCUUUUAAACCUCUUGAUUUUUUUUUUUUUUUUUUUUUUUUUUUUUUUUUUUUUUCUUGAUUUUUUUUUUUUUUUUUUUUUUUUUUUAAUAUUUUAAAAUGACAUAAACUUAUAAACAAAUUCUUCGCUUACUCCUCAGCUGUUUAACAUUAUAACUAUAUUGUUUGGUAAAUAAUACAUUUUGGCUAAAAAACGUGUCUUCGUUUUUACAAUAGGCUCCUGUUCUACUUAAGGUUUGAGUUUGUUUUUGUCAUGGCUUUUUUUCCUUCCAAUUAAAUACUUAACUAUUUUUCAUCAUUCUCAAGUAAUACUUUGUAACUUUUUUUUUUUACAGUCACGAAUCACACGGACAUUGACAGCAAGGGGGAGAUGAACAUCACCGCUGAUGAGCCAAUCGGGAAGUACAUCAAACCCCAACCGAUCAUUGGAAUAGCCUCCGUUGCCCUUGCCAGUCUAAAGGCGAUUGGAGCCUCGGUAACUUUAUUCUGCACAAACAACCCAGAAAUCUGUGCAGAAUUAGGUUGGAGGAUCAUCGACGCUUUGACUCCGUCUACAGACGCGCCUGCUCCUCAAAACUCUGGAGCAGGCAGUGUUGUUGGCUGCCCAGUGUGGACCUUCGUCAUCGGAGUCUGCCUUCUGCUUGCUCUCCAUGGACUCUGCAAGAAAAUUCUCCCUUGAGUGAUCCAGAACAUCACUAAAUACAGAUUGCUGAAUGCUCCCAGACAUCAGUACAUACAUACAGCUUCCUAAAUACUCCCAGAUGGCACAACACAAAAGACAGCUUCCUAAAUGCUUGCAAACAUCACAUAUAUCUAAAUAAAGCUUCCUGAAUGUUCGCAGAUAUCAUAUCUCUAAAUACAGCUUCCUGAAUGCUCGCAGAUAUCACAUCUCUAAAUACAGCUUCCUGAAUUCUCGCAGAUAUCACAUCUCUAAAUACAGCUUCCUGAAUGCUCGCAGACAUCAAAUAUAUCUAAAUACAGCUUCCUGAAUGCUCGCAGAUAUCACAUCUCUAAAUACAGCUUCCUGAAUGCUUGCAAAUAUCACAUCUCUAAAUGCAGCUUCCUGAAUGCUUGCAGAUAUCACAUCUCUAAAUACAGCUACCUGAAUGCUCGCAGAUAUCACAUCUCUAAAUACAGCUUCCUGAAUGUUCGCAGAUAUCACAUCUCUAAAUACAGCUACCUGAAUGUUCGCAGAUAUCAUAUCUCUAAAUACAGCUUCCUGAAUGCUCGCAGAUAUCACAUCUCUAAAUACAGCUUCCUAAAUGCUCGCAGAUAUCACAUCUCUAAAUACAGCUUCCUGAAUGUUCGCAGAUAUCACAUCUCUAAAUACAGCUACCUGAAUGUUCGCAGAUAUCAUAUCUCUAAAUACAGCUUCCUGAAUUCUCGCAGAUAUCACAUCUCUAAAUACAGCUUCCCGAAUGCUCGCAGAUAUCGCAUCUCUAAAUACAGCUUCCUGAAUGCUCGCAGAUAUCACAUCUCUAAAUAAAGCUUCCUGAAUGCUCGCAGAUAUCACAUCUCUAAAUACAGCUUCCUGAAUGCUCGCAGAUAUCACAUCUCUAAAUAAAGCUUCCUAAAUGCUCGCAGACAUUUCAUUUUUAAGCACAGUUUUAAAAUGCCUUGCCUCAGUGACUUUUGUCUUAUUUUAAUAAACAGGCAUUAGAUUAUAUGUUGGUAUUUUAAAAAACUGUCUUUCUGUUUAACCUGAAAGUUAAAUGUUACACUUGCAGUUUUGUAUGUGUUCAUUGGGUGUUUAUGUGUUUUUGUAUCAACGUGGCGUAUUUAAUAUUUUGUAUUCAAGUACUGACUAUAUGAUUAUGCUGAUUCUGUGCGUUUAUGUUAUGUUAGCGUUUAUAGUGUUAUAGUUAUGUUGUAUAAACUUGAAGUUUGAGUACAUUAUGGUUAAAUAAGUGUCUAUCAGUAUACGUCUUCUAGUUGUGUUUGUGAGGCAAAGCUUAAAAUUAGUUUCUUGUAAAUGUUCAGAUAAUAAAAAUUGCUUCCAAUUCCA